CCCUUCAUGGAGCCUGCUGAACCAAGGCGUGUCCCUACUGCUUGGGUCACUCGUGUACCUUCAGCUGUCUUCUACCAGGGAGAUUCAACUGAUGAGAAAAUCAACUUCAACAACUUCACUGUUAAACGAGUGCUGAGCAUGACUGCUGCUUACUUGUGGAGCACAGUGCCUUCAAGCUGCAGAGAAACUCAGCAUGAAAAGGGUAUGUUGAGCAGGCUGGGGAAGGAGAAGGAAUUGAAACAUCCCAGCCUUUGAUGCCAUGCUGCCCAGCAACACAGAAACCACUGCAAGGCCCUUCCUACCUCCCCUGCUCUCCAGCCUUUCUUCCAGGCAGGGGAGUUGGAUCUUCAGAAGCUUCUGUGAUGUCUGCAGCCACAGCACAAGAGUUCUGGCCCGUGGUUGUGCAGUCCAAGGGGCUGGAUGGCAUGCUGGACCCAAGCUCAGCUCAGUGUCUGGGCCCAAUAACAGUUUUCCCAAGGGAGCAGCUUUCUGUCCUGGACACUCUGAGGUGCACAGCGUAAUGUCCAUGUUGUUCUACACUCUGAUCACAGCUUUUUUGAUCGGUGUACAGGCAGAACCAUACACAGACAGCAAUGUCCCAGCAGGAGACUCUAUCCCCCAAGCCCACUGGACUAAACUUCAGCAUUCCCUUGACACAGCCCUCCGCAGAGCCCGCAGUGCCUCUGCUGCACAGAUAGCUGCCCGUGUGACAGGGCAGACCCGCAACAUCACUGUGGACCCCAGACUGUUUAAGAAACGGCGACUACGUUCACCCCGUGUGCUGUUUAGCACUCAGCCCCCACCCAUCUCUUCGGACACUCUGGAUCUGGAUUUCCAGGCCCAUGGUACAAUCUUCAACAGGACUCAUAGGAGCAAGCGGUCAUCCACCCACCCAGUCUUCCACAUGGGGGAGUUCUCGGUGUGUGACAGUGUCAGCGUGUGGGUUGGAGAUAAGACCACCGCCACGGACAUCAAGGGCAAGGAGGUGACCGUAUUGGGAGAGGUGAACAUUAACAACAGUGUAUUCAAGCAGUACUUUUUUGAGACCAAGUGCCGGGCCCCCAAUCCUGUUGAGAGUGGAUGCCGGGGAAUUGACUCCAAGCACUGGAACUCAUACUGCACAACAACCCAUACCUUCGUCAAGGCGCUGACCACAGAUGACAAGCAGGCUGCCUGGAGGUUCAUUCGGAUUGACACAGCCUGUGUGUGUGUGCUCAGCAGGAAGGCUGCAAGAAGAGGCUGACCUGCCUGCAGCCCCCUUCCCUACCUGCCCCUCCGCACUCUCCUGGACCCCUCCCUACCUCAGCCUGUAAAUUAUUUUAAAUUAUAAGGACUGCAUGGUAAUUUAUAGUUUAUACAGUUUUAAAGCCAUUAUUUAUUAAAUUUUCGAAGCAUC